AUGCUCUAUCCACUGCACCGCCCAGGCGGCAUCAAACCACCCACCAUCCAUCCAGGUCGAUGCUCUAUCCACUGCACCGCCCAGGCGGCAUCAAACCACCCACCAUCCGUCCAGGUCGAUGCUCUAUCCACUGCACCGCCCAGGCGGCAUCAAACCACCCACCAUCCGUCCAGGUCGAUGCUCUAUCCACUGCACCGCCCAGGCGGCAUCAAACCACCCACCAUCCGUCCAGGUCGAUGCUCUAUCCACUGCACCGCCCAGGCGGCAUCAAACCACCCACCAUCCGUCCAGGUCGAUGCUCUAUCCACUGCACCGCCCAGGCGGCAUCAAACCACCCACCAUCCGUCCAGGUCGAUGCUCUAUCCACUGCACCGCCCAGGGGGCAUCAAACCACCCACCAUCCGUCCAGGUCGAUGCUCUAUCCACUGCACCGCCCAGGCGGCAUCAAACCACCCACCAUCCGUCCAGGUCGAUGCUCUAUCCACUGCACCGCCCAGGCGGCAUCAAACCACCCACCAUCCGUCCAGGUCGAUGCUCUAUCCACUGCACCACCCAGGGGGCAUCAAACCACCCACCAUCCGUCCAGGUCGAUGCUCUAUCCACUGCACCGCCCAGGGGGCAUCAAACCACCCACCAUCCGUCCAGGUCGAUGCUCUAUCCACUGCACCGCCCAGGCGGCAUCAAACCACCCACCAUCCGUCCAGGUCGAUGCUCUAUCCACUGCACCGCCCAGGCGGCAUCAAACCACCCACCAUCCGUCCAGGUCGAUGCUCUAUCCACUGCACCGCCCAGGGGGCAUCAAACCACCCACCAUCCGUCCAGGUCGAUGCUCUAUCCACUGCACCGCCCAGGGGGCAUCAAACCACCCACCAUCCGUCCAGGUCGAUGCUCUAUCCACUGCACCGCCCAGGCGGCAUCAAACCACCCACCAUCCGUCCAGGUCGAUGCUCUAUCCACUGCACCACCCAGGGGGCAUCAAACCACCCACCAUCCGUCCAGGUCGAUGCUCUAUCCACUGCACCGCCCAGGGGGCAUCAAACCACCCACCAUCCGUCCAGGUCGAUGCUCUAUCCACUGCACCGCCCAGGCGGCAUCAAACCACCCACCAUCCAUCCAGGUCGAUGCUCUAUCCACUGCACCGCCCAGGGGGCAUCAAACCACCCACCCACCACCCGUACAGGUCGAUGCUCUAUCCACUGCACCGCCCAGGCGGCAUCAAACCACCCACCAUCCGUCCAGGUCGAUGCUCUAUCCACUGCACCACCCAGGGGGCAUCAAACCACCCACCAUCCGUCCAGGUCGAUGCUCUAUCCACUGCACCACCCAGGGGGCAUCAAACCACCCACCCACAAUCCGUCCAGGUCGAUGCUCUAUCCACUGCACCACCCAGGGGGCAUCAAACCACCCACCAUCCAUCCAGGUCGAUGCUCUAUCCACUGCACCGCCCAGGGGGCAUCAAACCACCCACCAUCCGUCCAGGUCGAUGCUCUAUCCACUGCACCACCCAGGGGGCAUCAAACCACCCACCAUCCGUCCAGGUCGAUGCUCUAUCCACUGCACCGCCCAGGCGGCAUCAAACCACCCACCAUCCAUCCAGGUCGAUGCUCUAUCCACUGCACCGCCCAGGCGGCAUCAAACCACCCACCAUCCAUCCAGGUCGAUGCUCUAUCCACUGCACCGCCCAGGGGGCAUCAAACCACCCACCAUCCGUCCAGGUCGAUGCUCUAUCCACUGCACCGCCCAGGCGGCAUCAAACCACCCACCAUCCAUCCAGGUCGAUGCUCUAUCCACUGCACCGCCCAGGGGGCAUCAAACCACCCACCCACCACCCGUACAGGUCGAUGCUCUAUCCACUGCACCGCCCAGGCGGCAUCAAACCACCCACCCACCAUCCGUCCAGGUCGAUGCUCUAUCCACUGCACCGCCCAGGCGGCAUCAAACCACCCACCAUCCGUCCAGGUCGAUGCUCUAUCCACUGCACCACCCAGGGGGCAUCAAACCACCCACCAUCCGUCCAGGUCGAUGCUCUAUCCACUGCACCACCCAGGGGGCAUCAAACCACCCACCCACAAUCCGUCCAGGUCGAUGCUCUAUCCACUGCACCACCCAGGGGGCAUCAAACCACCCACCAUCCAUCCAGGUCGAUGCUCUAUCCACUGCACCGCCCAGGGGGCAUCAAACCACCCACCAUCCGUCCAGGUCGAUGCUCUAUCCACUGCACCACCCAGGGGGCAUCAAACCACCCACCAUCCGUCCAGGUCGAUGCUCUAUCCACUGCACCGCCCAGGCGGCAUCAAACCACCCACCAUCCAUCCAGGUCGAUGCUCUAUCCACUGCACCGCCCAGGCGGCAUCAAACCACCCACCAUCCAUCCAGGUCGAUGCUCUAUCCACUGCACCACCCAGGCGGCAGGUUUCAGCACAAAUAAACGAACAAAUGUUUCAGGAUAUAUACAUACAGUUUAUUGUACACAACAUCAACGUGUGGCGACACUGA